GAAUGCCAGGCAUGCGCUGCGUGUGCCGUGUUGCUUUCCUCUCCGUGUCGCUCACAUCGCCACGCCAUGCUGCUGGGCGCCGCACCAAGCCACGCCAUGCCUGUGUCGUCUUGCAUCUCUGCCUGCGCACCGGGGCUGCCUGCCCACCCACCUCUGCCACCACCGCCACAGCAAGCGCCGCCACGUCAUCAGGUGCCGCCAUGCCGCCAUGACUCACCCUCAUCCGCGCCGUCCUCACGCGCCACCUCGCGUCGCCGCUGCUGCGCCUCGCCCCCCCCCUCUCUCGCCUCUUCAAGUGUGGAGCAUGGCAUGCGGGUCGUGGCGGACUCCACCCCGAGCGCAACGGAACUCUGUGUGGAUUGGAUUCAGCAGACUCACUAACGACCAGCAACACCAUUCCAGCUCAAAAACAACUGCACCUACUCUUCCGCGGCAAGCUUCCUG